AUGGCGCCCACAGGGGGUGGUGCAGCAAAUGGAGGAGGUGGAGGGGGGAAUAUCAAGGUCGUCGUCCGAGUGCGACCCUUCAACAAUCGCGAAAUCGACCGCCAUUCAAAAUGUAUAGUUCAGAUGCGCGAUGACCAGACAAUCCUACAUCCUCCGCCGGAAGCCGAGGACCGACUGCGGAAAGGAGGCAAAGGGGGCGCCGAGCAUCAGAGGACAUUCAAGUUUGACAAGUCAUACUGGUCGUUCAACAAAGCAGACUCCAACUAUGCUGGCCAAGAGAACCUCUUUAGCGACUUAGGCGUUCCGUUGCUGGACAAUGCGUUUCAAGGCUACAACAACUGCAUUUUCGCUUACGGCCAGACGGGAUCCGGGAAGUCGUAUAGUAUGAUGGGGUAUGGCGAGGAUGCCGGGGUCAUCCCGAGGAUAUGUCGAGAAAUGUUCGAGAGAAUCAAUGGCUUGCAAUCCGAUCCGAACCUCACUUGCACGGUUGAAGUUUCCUACCUCGAGAUUUACAACGAGCGCGUUCGUGACCUGUUGAACCCGACCACCAAAGGCAACCUCCGAGUUAGGGAACACCCUUCCACAGGGCCCUACGUGGAGGAUCUGGCCAAACUGGCCGUCCGCUCUUUUCACGAGAUUGAAAACCUCAUGGACGAAGGAAACAAAGCCCGAACGGUAGCAGCAACGAAUAUGAACGAGACAUCCAGCCGAUCACAUGCAGUCUUCACCUUGACAUUGACCCAAAAGCGACAUGACGUGGAGACGUCAAUGGAUACCGAGAAAGUUGCUAAGAUCAGUCUGGUUGAUCUGGCAGGUUCCGAGCGCGCAACAUCCACAGGAGCAACAGGUGCCCGUCUCAAAGAGGGCGCAGAGAUCAACCGAUCACUUUCCACUCUUGGGCGAGUCAUUGCAGCAUUGGCUGAUCUCUCAUCGGGGAAGAAAGGAUUGAAGGUCCCGUACCGAGACUCCGUCCUCACCUGGCUUCUGAAAGAUUCUCUUGGCGGUAACAGCAUGACCGCCAUGAUUGCCGCAAUCUCGCCGGCAGACAUCAAUUUUGAAGAAAGCUUGAGCACUCUCAGAUACGCGGACUCGGCCAAGAGAAUCAAGAAUCAUGCCGUGGUCAACGAAGAUCCCAACGCCCGGAUGAUCCGUGAACUCAAAGAAGAACUUGCGAAGCUCAGGAGCCAACUCGGCGGAGCUGCUUCGUUGGGGGGCGAAGAAAUAUAUCCGCCAGACACUCCGCUCGAUAAACAGUUGGUUUCCAUCGUUCAGAGUGAUGGAUCCGUGAAACGUGUCAGCAAGGCCGAAAUCAUGGAUCAACUGAGUCAGAGCGAAAAACUCUACAAAGAUCUCAAUCAGACAUGGGAGGAGAAGUUGCAAACAACCGAACAGAUCCAUAAGGAAAGAGAGGCUGCGCUCGAAGAGUUGGGCAUUAGUAUCGAGAAAGGUAACGUGGGAAUGAGCACUCCGAAGAAGAUGCCUCAUCUUGUCAAUCUCAGCGACGACCCGCUGCUUGCGGAAUGUUUGGUUUAUAAUCUCAAGCCAGGUGUGACCACGGUGGGAAAUGCGGACUCGUCGGAGGCAUCCGAGAUCAGGUUGAACGGCUCCAAGAUCCUGGAUCAUCAUUGCACGUUGGAAAACGUUGAUAAUGUGGUCACCAUUAUCCCCAAUGAGGGAGCCGGGGUCAUGGUCAACGGCGUGCGUGUUGAUAAGCCCAAAAGACUCAAGAGUGGGAAUCGUAUUAUUUUGGGAGACUUCCAUAUUUUCAGGUUUAACAACCCAUUGGAGGCCAAAGCUGAACGCGCCGAAAGGAGCCUGCUGAGGCAUUCUGUCACGGCGAGCCAGUUGAACUCCCCAACUCCUCUACGCCCGGGCCAUGAAAGAUCCUGGAGUGCCGCUGGGUCGGAACUCGAUGACUCGAGCAGAGCCCAAUCUCCAGGACUGAGUAACAGAGAUUCUGAUUGGUCUUUCGCUCGGCGCGAAGCUGCCGGCGCCCUCCUUGGGUCCGAUCCCAAGAUCAUGCAGUUGACAGAUGAGGAGCUCGACAAUCUCUUUGAGAACAUCCAGCGGGCACGGGAAGAGCGUCGAGGACGUCCCGAGCACAAGUUAUACGAGCAUGAUGACGAUUCUGACGAUUUGAGCUCAUUCCUUGUGAGGGACAAAUACAUGUCCAAUGGCACCAUUGGCAACUUCUCUCUUGACACCGCGCUCACGUUACCUGGAACGCCAUCCACGCAAGGUGGUUCCCAGGAAGAUGUGGACGCAACACUGACACCGGGUCGGUUUAGCCAAGCCAUUAAAAAGCAAGAAUUGUCGACGGCGACGAGCUCGGGUGAACUUAGUGACCGUUCGGCCAAGGACGGUGGGCAAGAAGCCCACGCCACUCGAAUGCAGCAGGAACUCGAGCGUGCGAAGCAAGAAUUCCAAGAGCAGCUUCAGAAACAGAAGGAAGCUUAUGAAGCCCAGAUCAAGAAGAUGGAUCUUGAGGUAAGAACGCGGGAAACUUCACGGACUUCGUCGGGUUUCUUACCCCUCGAUGCUUCUGAGAUCGCUGUUGCACGGAACGUUGUGGAAAAGUGGCAACAGAAAAACUAUAUCGUGCUGGCAGAAUCUGUGCUUCAAAGUGCCGGUCUGCUCAAGGAAGCGCAGGUCAUGAGCAGGCUCCUGGACCAGGACAUCAACUUUCAGUUUGUGAUUCUGGAUGUUGGACAGGAACGCGGCUCGUCUUACGAUCUCAUCCUGUCCGACAUUUCCGGCGAUGACGAUGAUGCUCUAGCAGAUGCUCGAAAGCCCUGCCUUGCGGCCAGGAUCAUCGACAGUCAACAUAGCUGCGUCCAUUUCUGGUCAUUGGAAAAGCUGCGGUCAAGAGUGGCCAAGAUGCGACAAAUGCACCAGUAUAAAGACCAACCAGAGUAUCUGCAACACUUUCGCAUGGACAACCCCUUCCGUGAUUCGGAUGAGCCCGUCUUUUCCUUGGUCGGGGACGGCAACAUUCCUCUCACGGCGGUCUUUGAAACCAGAGUGCAAGAUUUGGUGGUCGAAAUCUGCUCGCCUUCGACCAGGCAAAUUGUUGGAAAGGUCAGGAUGUCAUUGGAGCCUUCGCUGGCAGAGUCUCCUCCGUCAACCGUCAAGUUCAACAUUAUUGUGAGGGAUCUGGUGGGAUUUGCGGAGCACGAAGGCACACAGGUCCACGCGCAAAUGAUGGUCCUGGGGACUUCGGACGAGAGCGUGGCGACUACUCAGCCCAUGCAUGGCUUUGGUGACGGCCCAGUACGUUUCGAAAGCAUUCACAACCUGAGCGUGGCCCGGUCGGGGGAAAGAUCGGCCACCCUGAGACUUGCCAUUCUUGCUCAAGUCAGCUCGACUCAUUUGGACAAACUGGUCAGUUGGGAUGAGCUUCGUGAGAUGAACGAGCAGCCGCCACAGCAGCAAGGAAGCCAUCGCUUGGCCGAGACGGAGUACAAUGUGGAAGAACACCAUGACGUUUUUGCGAAAGUUCAGAUACUGGAGCUGGCUGAAAAUGGCCAAUACCUGCCGGUCGAAGUCCUGCAGAACAGCGCCGAUGACCGGGGAGCGUUCCAGCUGCAUCAAGGACUUCAACGGAGGGUAUUGGUCACACUAACCCAUAGCCUGACAGAGGGUCUCCCGUGGGAUGACAUCAAGGCGUUUCGUGUGGGAGAAGUCCAUCUGAUAGAUUCUUCGGGUCGAAUUGCCGACAUUGGAUCCAUUACCCCUGAUAUCCCAGUCAAACAGACACAGGAACCCAUGAUCAAGGACAAUGCCGAUGGCACGUCGAACAUCACCAUAAUCGGGCAAUGGGACAGCUCGCUUCACAAAUCCCUACUGCUUGAUCGAGCCACCCACGAGCAGUGCCGCAUCCAGAUUGCGCUUCGAUGGGACGUCGUCUCCAGUCGCCUCGAACAGCCCAUGACGUUCUCGAUGGACCAGCAGCUCCAAAUCCUCCCUAGGUCCUACGUGCGUCCUCAGCCGAUGUUCAAAACAUUCUGGAGCCACACCAGGAUCACCUACUCGACGGAUGACCUCUUUUCGAUCGUGGUGCGACCUAUCAGCGCCAAAAGGGCGGCCGACCUCUGGCGACUCGACACGUCCAAGAAGUACAUCAACGGUGAGGAGCUCCUGGGUAAUUGGAAGCCUCGGGGCAUUUCACUCGUCAAAGACUACUUGCUCGCCCGCCGGAAGGGACGACAGCUCCAGGAUAUCGAAUCUGCCAAAGCCUCGCUCGGGUUGCGGCAGUUGAGCGCGGGCAAGUCUCGAUCUCGGACCCCGGCGCACCCGCAUUGGGACGCGAGGGAGGAACAUCUCCUGCGAAAAUUCCUGGCGAUAUGGAAGAAGCCAAGUCCUGACCUGUCCAAUCCCAUCUUUGACGACGGUACUCCGGCCCCAGAAGCCGCAUCAACAUCGUCCGAGGAGGCCAGAUCACCGACGACACCGCCCAUCGAAGCCGCUCCAGGUCGCCGGACUCGCUAUCUGGCCACCGUGACCAACACGUCCAAGAACCCAAUCUCUCUGAAGUCGGGUUAUCUCCUCAUGCCUUCAGAGGAUCAUGAUGCGACGCACAGCCACAGCAUGCAAUGGAAACGCCGGUUUGUGGAGCUCCGGCCGCCAUACCUGCACAUUCACUCUGUUCCGGACGGCGAGAGUAUCAAUGCGAUCAAUCUGACCCAUGCGCGGAUUGACCACGACCCGGACUUUAAACGCUUGCUCGGCACCGGCACCGGCAGCUCGAUCUCGAGCGGCGAUUCGGGAGGUGCCGGACGAGGCCACAGGAGGACAGGCAGCUCAGAGCUGCACGGAUUGACACACGUGUUCGCGGUGUAUGGGGAACAAAACACGUUUCUUUUCGCGGCAAGAAGUGAGAGCCAGAAAAUGGAGUGGAUUCUGAAGAUCGAUCAGAGCUACUUUGACGCCGCGUCGGAGGGCGAUGGGUAG